UGUGACACACACUGAUAGCACUUCACUCACAGAGAUCUCAUUAUAGGCGCCCUGUGAGAGCCUGCAAGUUUGAACCUCUUCUCCUAAAAGGACAAUCAGAGCAGCACAAUGCGUGAGUGUAUCUCUAUCCACGUCGGCCAGGCUGGGGUCCAGAUGGGCAACACCUGCUGGGAGCUGUACUGUCUGGAGCACGGCAUCCAGCCUGAUGGCCACAUGCCCACCGACAAGCCCUCCACGGGCUACGACGACUCCUUCACCACCUUCUUCAGUGAGACCGGCACGGGGAAGUAUGUCCCCAGGGCCAUCUUUGUCGACCUGGAGCCCACUGUGAUUGAUGAGGUUCGUACAGGCACCUACAGACAGCUUUUCCACCCCGAGCAGCUGAUCUCAGGGAAGGAGGAUGCUGCCAACAACUACGCCCGGGGUCACUACACCGUCGGAAAGGAGCACAUUGACUCUGUGCUCGACAGAAUCCGCAAACUGUCUGACCAGUGCACCGGGCUGCAAGGUUUCCUGGUCUUCCACUCCUUCGGUGGAGGAACCGGCUCUGGCUUCACCUCCCUCCUGAUGGAGCGCCUCUCAGUCGACUUUGGCAAGAAGUCCAAGCUGGAGUUUGCCAUCUACCCUGCUCCUCAGGUGUCCACAGCCGUGGUGGAGCCCUACAACUCCAUCCUGACCACACACACCACCCUGGAGCACUCCGACUGCGCCUUCAUGGUGGACAACGAGGCCAUCUACGACAUCUGCCGCAGGAACCUGGACAUUGAGCGCCCGUCAUACACCAACCUCAAUCGUCUCAUCAGCCAGAUCGUCUCCUCCAUCACCGCCUCUUUGAGAUUCGACGGCGCCUUGAACGUGGACCUGACGGAGUUCCAGACCAACUUGGUGCCCUACCCUCGCAUCCACUUCCCUCUGGCCACCUACGCCCCCGUCAUCUCAGCAGAGAAGGCCUACCACGAGCAGCUCACUGUGGCUGAAAUCACCAACUCCUGCUUUGAGCCAGCCAAUCAGAUGGUGAAAUGUGACCCCCGCCAUGGUAAAUACAUGGCCUGCUGCCUGCUGUACCGUGGAGACGUGGUGCCCAAAGACGUCAACGUCGCCAUCAGCAACAUCAAAACCAAGCGCUCCAUCCAGUUUGUGGACUGGUGUCCCACUGGCUUCAAGGUGGGCAUCAACUACCAGCCACCCACUGUUGUCCCCGGAGGAGACCUGGCUAAGGUGCAGAGGGCCGUGUGCAUGCUGAGCAACACCACCGCCAUCGCAGAGGCCUGGGCUCGUCUCGACCACAAGUUUGAUCUCAUGUACGCCAAGAGGGCCUUCGUCCACUGGUAUGUCGGAGAGGGCAUGGAGGAGGGAGAGUUCUCAGAGGCCAGAGAGGACAUGGCCGCUCUGGAGAAGGAUUACGAAGAGGUUGGCAUUGACUCAUUUGAAGAAGAUGAAGAGGGGGAGGAGUAUUAAAUAAGAAGAAUAAUGUUAAAACUAGAGCCGUUUUAAAGGAAAGGGUAAAGUUCGAUCAGUAUUCAACAUGUUAAAUCUCCUCCAGAGGCAGUCUGAGUGUUAACGUGCCGUUUAACGACCUCUGAUGAACACUAACGUUACUGCCGAGCAGCAGUUUAUCCGAGCUCAAUCUCAUGGUGUUUGGUAUAUUGAAUAAUGACUCUCCAGUUAGAGAGGUGCCUUUAUCUCCUUUUCUAAAUAAAGCUGUUUACACAAAGUUCUCUUGA